GUCAAUUUAUUUGUUUGGUUAGUUGUCAACAAUAAUAUGUCAUCCCGUUAUAGUUGAAUAUUUAAUUAAAUAAAUUAUGGGAAACGAACAGUCAUACUUGUUUGAUGUGGAUAUAAAUGAAAAUGUCGUUGAGCAUUGCAAAUAUUGGUCCCUUCAUUCUGCUGUAAAUCAGCCUGUUUCAGUCUUUGUUGGUCGUCGUCUUCCUAUAACAUUUUCAGAUGGUUCUCAAUUUCUGAUAGAGAAGUCUGCCAAGAAUCUUAUGGUGUUCCGGCAUCCCUGCAUACUGAAAUACAUAUCAUCCUGGUAUAGAUACUCAAAGUUUUAUCUUGUAGUAGAAGAAGUGGUACCUUUAGCAUCUGUUUUAAAUACACAAAACUGUUUACAGAAAUGUAUAGGUCUUUUGUCUUUACUGAAAGCUGUUUGCUUUUUACAUGAAAAGGGUGGUGUAUCGCAUAACAAUUUAUCUAUUAAAUCAAUUUAUGUUACCAAGGAUGGAGAUUGGAAAUUAGGAGGCAUGGAGUUUUGCUGCAAAUUUAGCAAUUUAACUGCAGAUUAUUUGAAUAAAAUUGAAAAUCUUCAACAUAUCACUGUGGAUAUAAACCUCGUAAAAAGUUUUCAACAAACUGAUAAAUAUAAGGAGUGCUUGGAUUCUUUUGCAUUUGGAUUACUGGCAUAUGAGAUAUUAUCAAAUGAGGGGGAAGAUGAACUGUCCCAUCUUUCAUCAUUUCGUGAUUUAUGUAAAAAUAACUUGCAAAAUGAAGAUUUAACCCAAAGACCAAAAUUGUCUACACUUCUCGAACAUCCAUUCUUUAAAAAUGACUUUGUCAUAGUUUAUUCCACUUUGUACGAAUUACCUCUUCAAUCAAAUGAAGCAAAAGAGGUUUUCUUUUCUACGCUCUAUGAAAAAUUAAAACUGUUUGAUGAAAUAUUAACUGCCAAGCAACUUGGCAGGUUAUUGCUAUCCAGACUAGUUCUCCUGGAUGAAACAGCUCAGAAGAAAUUGCUGCCAUUUAUACUAUACCCUAGAAACGAUGAUUCUUCUACUGUGGAGUUGUUUUGUAAAGAAACAUUUAAGAAGUACAUAGUUCCUACAUUAUUAGAAAUAUUCUGUGUAAGAGACAUACAAAUUAGGCUUUUACUUUUAGAACACUUCAGAGGUUUUAUGAACUGUUUCUCUAAGGAUGAACUUAAGCAUCAAGUUUUACCAGAACUUUUGCUGGGCAUUAAAGACAUAAAUAAUGAAUUGGUGUCUGCCACUUUACGGUCAUUGGCAGAUAUGGUUCAAAUCUUAGGAGCUGAAGUUGUAAUUGGUGGCAGGAGAGCUAAAUUAUUCAAUGAUGGAAAGCCACAUUCAAUGGAAUCUAAAAUUGCACAUUCAAAAACAAGGUUUUUACCAUCAGUAGUUGCCAAUACAGAACCUGAUAUUUCAUUGACUAGCAAUCAGUCAGUUCUAGAAAAUAGUUUAGACGUAUUUGAUCCACUUCCAGAACGACCAAGACCUGAUGGUGAAGAAAAUGAUUUAUCAGUUGAGAAUCAAACACUACUUCCUAAGGAAGACCUAAACAGUUGGGAUGACUGGAAUCAAAUUAAUCAUGUUGAAGAUCCCCCCCUAGAAAAUGAACAAUUAAAUGUAAAUGAAAAUGAGGUACAAAAUAGUGAAAGUAAAACAACAGAAAAGAGUGAAAACUAUACAAAGAAAAUGGACAGAUCGUUACCAGAUAUUUUCCAACUUGAUAUUAAGAACCAAGUGGCAAUAGAAAAUUAUAAUGAUUUGAAUUUAUUUGAGGGCAUGGAACCUGAAAUAAAUGUUUCAAAAGUAUUACUUUUUCCAGAGGCUAAUGAACCAAAUUUAGAAAUAACGUCUAAAAAAUUGGACUUUAGCGUUAACCUGGAUACUGAUAAUACUGUAGGAUGGGAUGAUGAUGACUGGAAUAAAUAAUAUUUAAUGAUGAUAGCAUUUUUAAGCCUACUUCCUUAAGUUUUAUUACAUAUACAGUAAUUUGUCACUAGGUUGUUCUUAUUGAAUAAAUAUUUUGUUACAA